AUGACGACCUCUUCGCAGAUUGGUUUUGUGUUGGUGACUUGUGUGCUUGGGUGUGCUUUGGGUGGACACAGGUACCAUGGGUACCAGGAAGAAGAGGCCCACCAUAAAAAACCUGUGGUACCGAUAUUAAAGAGUAACUUUGAUAAGCACCAUGAUAGCUGGCACUACAGCUAUGAGACAGGAAACGGCAUCAUAGCACACGAGCACGGCUACUUUAAAAACAAAGGCGACAAAAAGCAUGAGACCCUAGUUCAACAAGGAAAAGUUACUUACCAUGACGAGCAUGGUCAUCCUAUCACUUUAACGUACGUGGCGGAUGAACACGGAUUCCAAGCUCACGGAGAUCAUUUGCCCACCCCACCUCCAAUCCCAGAAGCGAUUUUGAAAGCUUUGCAACAAACGCAUCAGAUAGAAGAGGAGUCCCAAUACCAACAGGACAACAAGCAGGAAUACCAACAAGAACAUCAAAAUCCCCACUUGCAAUCUCAGGAAGAAGCAUACGCUCAUUACUAUCAACGUCAAGAGAAGUAA